GAGUGCUGCUUGUGUAUUCUCAUUGUAUUUCUUCUCUUCGAAGGAAGCCCUAGUCCCUAGCCAUGGCAGGGAAUGACUUAAAUGAGAAGAUAAGAAAAGAAGAGGCAAUGCUAACCAAGAAUCUCCCCGAGGACAUCAUCUUGGCCAUACUUUCUAGGCUUCCUGUGAAGUCUCUUUUAAGGUUUAGGAGCGUAAGCAAACUGUGGUGUGCUCUAAUAACCGAUCCUGAUUUUGUCCAAAUGCACCUCUACCGAUCCCUUGCAACCAAUACCAACCUCAUCCUCCUCGUUAUAAGGGAAUACCUAAAAAUCUUCUACUCGGACGUUUGCGAACAAGAAACUGCGGUAGAACUUGAUUGUCCGUUCAAGUCUCCGGUAGGAUUCCUUAUAUUGGCUUCUUGUAACGGCUUACUAUGUUUGUUCGACGACGACGGCGUAGUCUCUUAUUUCCCAAAAGAAGAAGUGUACGACACAUUCCUUUGGAAUCCAUCUACAAGAACGCAUAAGAAGCUGCCCUUUACGCCUGUAGAGUUUCCCAUUAAUUCCGACUCUGCCCAUGUCACUGCUUAUGGGUUCGGUUACGACCCUACCACCGACGAUUACAAGGUGAUAAGGGUUUUACAGUUCUAUCCUCAUGAUGGCCUCUUUAAUGACAGUAAGUACAUUGUCUCGGAGGUGAAGGUCUACUCUCUCAGCACCAACUCAUGGAGAAGAAUCGAGGACAUUCCCUUCCUUAGCAUCGAACACAGACUUGGGGUUUUUACAAAUUCUGCUUUUCAUUGGGUUGUAUAUCGCAAGACGGGAGUCAUGGGAUCCAACACUGCCCCCAAUGUGAUUGUUUCCAUUGAUGUUAAAGAUGAUGUGUAUCGAGAGGUGCCACUGCCCGAUUUUGUGGACGAUAAGUUUCACAUGACCAUCGGGGUUCUAGGAGGACAACUCAGCAUUCUCUGUAACUUCUCCAAGGUCUGUGUUGAGUUGUGGGUGAUGAAAGAUUAUGGCGUGAGGGACUCUUGGGAGAAACAGUUCUCGAUCGAACAACCAUUGGUAUUAGGGUAUUUUGAUGAGUGCAUCAGGCCUAUAUGCUAUUCAAGGAAGGGUGAAGUUCUACUCGAGACAGGUCCAGGGGUGGAGAAGUGUUCAGGCGCGCUGGUGCUUUAUGAUCCCCAUAAAGGAAGGGCUAGUAAUCUUACGCCUCGUGACAGCUGUCAUAUAGUAAGCAUUGGGAGUCUCAUUUCACUUGAUGCCAAAGAUGGAGCUGAAUAUGAAAAAAAGGAAGAAACAGAGGUAAUUUGGUAG